AUGAUGGAUGGAAUGGUUACUGAACAAAACAGAAUAUCUGUUCCGGAGAAUCUGAAAAAACAGCUCGCAGUUUCAGUUCGAAGAAUUCAAUGGAGUUACGCAAUCUUCUGGUCUAUUUCUGCUUCUCAGCCUGGAGUGUUAGAAUGGGGAGAUGGAUACUAUAAUGGAGAUAUCAAAACGAGGAAGACGAUUCUAGCAUCGGAGAUCAAAGCUGAUCAGCUUGGUUUACGAAGGAGCGAGCAACUUAGGGAGCUUUACGAGUCUCUUUCUGUCGCUGAAUCUUCUUCCUCCGGCGUCGCCGCCGGAUCUCAGGUCACUAGACGAGCUUCUGCCGCCGCACUCUCGCCGGAAGAUCUCGCCGACACAGAGUGGUACUACUUGGUUUGUAUGUCUUUCGUCUUCAACAUCGGUGAAGGAAUGCCUGGACGAACGUUUGCGAACAGUGAACCGAUAUGGUUGUGCAACGCUCACACCGCAGAUAGUAAAGUCUUUAGCCGCUCUCUUCUGGCAAAAAGUGCUUCGGUUGUGACAGUGAUUUGCUUCCCGUUUCUUGGAGGAGUCGUUGAGAUCGGUACUACAGAACAUAUCAUAGAGGACAUGAAUGUAAUACAAUGCGUGAAGACAUCAUUCCUCGAAGCUCCAGAUCCAUACGCUUCACUGUUACCAACAAGAUCCGAUUAUCACAUCGACAACGUUCUCGAUCCGCAACAGAUCCUAGGUGACGAGAUUUACGCGCCUAUGUUUGGUACUGAGACUUUUCCGGCGACUUCUCCUAGCAGAACUACCAGCAGGUUCGAUCCUGAACACGAGCAAGUAGCAGAAGAUCAUGACUCGUUCAUGGCCGAAGGAAUCAAUGGAGGAGCUUCUCAGGUUCAAAGCUGGCAGUUCAUGGACGAAGAGCUUAGUAACUGCGUUCACCAAUCGCUUAAUUCCAGUGAUUGCGUCUCUCAAACGUUUGUUAAAGCAGCGGCUGGACGAGUUUCUUGCAACGCAAGAAAAGGAAGGGCUCAAAGGUUAGGGCAUAUUCAAGAGCGGCAGAGAAAUGUGAAAAUGUUGUCUUUUGAUCCAAGAAACGAUGACGUUCAUUACCAAAGUGUGAUCUCCACAAUUUUUAAGACCAACCAUCAGUUAAUUCUCGGACCGCAGUUCCGGAAUUGCGAUAAGCGGUCAAGCUUCACGAGGUGGAAGAAAUUAUCGUCAUCAUCAUCUGGAACCGCGUCAAUCGUAUCACCGUCACAAGGAAUGUUAAAGAAGAUUCUUUUCGAGGUUCCUCGAGUGCACCAGAAAGAGAAGUUGUUGUUGGAUUCACCAGGGAUCGGGGAUGAAACCACGAACCACGCGGUUUUAGAGAAGAAACGGCGUGAGAAAUUGAACGAACGGUUCAUGAUCUUGAGAUCAAUCAUUCCAUCAAUCAAUAAGAUCGAUAAAGUAUCAAUUCUUGACGAUACGAUAGAGUAUCUUCAAGAACUGGAAAGACGUGUUCAAGAACUAGAAUCUUGCAGAGAAUCAACCGAUACAGAAACACGUGGGACAAUGACAGUGAAGAGGAAGAAAUCUCACGACGCAGGGGAAAGAACUUCAGCCAACUGCACAAACAAUGAAACCGGAAACGGGAAGAGAGUUCAGGUUGGAGAAACCGAGCCGGCAGAGACCGAUUAUACCGGUUUAACUGAUAAUUUAAGGAUCGGUUCGUUUGGUAAUGAGGUCGUUAUUGAGCUUAGAUGUGCUUGGAGAGAAGGAGUAUUGCUUGAGAUAAUGGAUGUCAUUAGUGAUCUCAACUUAGAUUCUCAUUCGGUACAAUCCUCGACAGGAGAUGGUUUACUCUGCUUAACCGUCAACUGCAAGCACAAGGGUUCAAAAAUGACGACAACAGGAAUGAUCAAAGAGGCACUUCAAAAGGUUGCAUGGAUCUGUUGAAGACUACUUGGUUUAUACUAGCAAAUAUUCCCCGAUUAAGUUUUCUAAUAUUUGGUAUUCUUCAAGCAGCUUUUAGGAAUUCAUGUAAAAACAUUUAUAUAAUUUUGUGACUUUUUUUUGGUUGCUUAACGUAGGUGAAGAAACAAAAAUAAAGACUGAAAACUAUGACUAUUUUUUGGGUAGAUUAUUUUGUUAGCCGGUGAAUUGAAGAUAGC